AUGAGUAGCCCGUAUAUGUCUGCAACGGACGUCGCACGUGCAGACGUCCCAAUCUGUCAGGUUCAUAGUGGGAAUCUCUACAACACUGUCAACAGCCAUAGGAGAGACGGUCGUAGCGACGGUGCUUCGAACGCUGUAGGUGCGAGGCGCCCUACUGGUUAUGCAGUCACAUGUCUACAGCGGAAACGCGGUGAUAAAGAUUGCAGCCCCCAGCGAGAGACACUCUCGCUGUACGAAGCAAGGUGGCAAGCCAAACCUUGUCAUCCUGAAGCGAUCAACUGGAAGAAGCGUAUGAUUGUACACUUCGGUCGCAACGAGACAGAGAGCUAUGGCUCUGUCAGUGUAGUGCAUGUACCGCACGGUGUAUCCGAUCACGUCGUGGAGGUAGCGCCGAAAGCUGUUGCCUCCGGUGCCAACAAACAAGCCACAACGACUGCGGGAGUCGUUGCGUCAGUCCCAAUUCUGAACUCAGAUUAG